GAAAUAUGUUUAUUUUUACAGACAACUUGACACUUGGAAAGAGGGAUUUUAAGGCCACAUCUGAUUUGCAAAGAUUUCAAUCUGAAGAACUGCUGGCGGAGGGGACUGAACGGGACACACUUCUGGAGAAAUGAAAAUGACUCCUCAUCAUGUGAUUGCCAUGUUUGCCCUAAUGAGUUCCUGUUUAGCUACAGCAGGCCCAGAGCCCAGUGCCCAGUGUGAACUGUCGCCGGUCAACGCCUCCCAUCCGGUGCAGGCCUUGAUGGAGAGCUUCACCGUCCUCUCGGGCUGUGCCAGCAGAGGCACGACGGGGCUGCCGCAGGAGGUGCACGUCCUCAACCUCCGGGGCUCGGACCCGGAGCCUGGCCAGCCGCAGAGAGAGGUCACCCUGCACCUGAACCCCAUCUCCUCAGUGCACAUUCACCGCAAGCCUGUCGUGUUCCUGCUCAACUCCCCGCAGCCCCUCACCUGGCAUCUGAAGACAGAGCGGCUUGCUGUUGGCGUCUCCAGACUCUUUUUGGUGUCUGAGGGUUCUGAGGUCCACUUCUCAUCCAGAAACUUCUCAUUGUCAGCAAAAACAGAAGAAAGGAGCUUCCCACAUGGAAAUGAACAUCUGUUAAACUGGGCCCAAAAGGAGUAUGGAGCAGUCACUUCCUUCACCGAACUCAAGAUAGCACGAAACAUUUACAUUAAAGUGGGAGAAGAUCAAGUGUUCCCUCUUGCGUGCAACAUCGGGAAGAAUUUCCUCUCGCUCAAUUACCUGGCUGAGUACCUUCAGCCGAAAGCAGCAGAAGGGUGUGUGAUAUCCAGGCAGCCCCUGGACAAGGAAGUGCAUAUCAUUGAGUUAAUCACCCCCAACUCUAACCCCUACAGCGCUUUCCAGGUGGAUAUCAUAAUUGACAUAAGACCUUCUCGGAAGGAUCCUGAGGUGGUCAAAAAUCUCAUCUUGAUCUUAAAGUGCAAGAAGUCUGUCAACUGGGUGAUCAAAUCUUUCGAUGUUAAGGGAAGCCUGACAGUUGUUGCUCCGAACAGUAUUGGCUUUGGGAAAGAGAGUGAAAGAUCCAUGAUAAUGACCAAAUCAAUACGAGAUGACAUUCUUUCAACCCAAGAGAAUCUAGUCAGGUGGGCUUUGGACAAUGGCUACAGUCCAUUGACAUCAUACACAGUGGCUCCUGUGGCUAACAGAUUUCAUCUUCGGCUUGAAAACAAUGAGGAGAUGAGAGAUGAGGAGGUCCACACCAUCCCUCCCGAGUUACGGAUCCUGCUGGACCCUGGAAACCUGGACAACCCACCCAUCCGGGGAGGGAGAGGCCAGAGUGGAGGUUUCCCCUUUCCUUUCCUGGACAUCCCCAGGAAAGGCCAGAAGGAAGGGGGAGAAGAUGGGUUCCCGCAGCCAAAGGACCCUGUCAUCCCCGGCUUACGACUGUUUCCUGGUCCCAGAGAGCCUGAGGAGGUGCAGGGCAGCAUGGAUGUUGCCCUGUCAGUCAAAUGUGACAAUGAGAAGAUGACCGUGGCUGUAGAAAAGGAUUCUUUUCAGUCCAACAGCUACUCGGGGAUGGAGCUCACCCUGUUGGAUCCUACCUGCAAGGCCAAGAUGAAUGGCACCCACUUCAUUUUGGAGUCUCCCCUGAAUGGCUGCGGGACUCGGCACCGGCGGUCCGCCCCGGAUGGCGUGGUUUACUUCAACUCCAUUGUGAUACAGGUUCCGUCCCCUGGGGGUAGUAGUGGUUGGCCAGAUGGUUAUGAAGAUUUGGAGUCUGGGGAUAAUGGAUUUCCAGCAGAUUUGGAUGAAGGAGAUGCUUCCCACUUCAGCCGACCUGAAGUUGUGGUGUUUAACUGCAGCCUGCGGCAUGUGGGGAAUCCCAGGAGUUUCCCGGACCCGCCCACCAGAAACAUCACCUUCAACAUGGAACUGUACAGCACUGACCUCUUUCUGGUGCCCUCCCAGGGCGUCUUCUCGGUGGCGGAGAAUGGACACAUCUAUGUUGAGGUGUCUGUUACUAAGGCUGACCAGGAACUGGGAUUUGCCAUCCAAACGUGCUUUAUCUCUCCAAAUUCGAACCCCGAUCGGAUGUCUGAUUACACCAUCAUUGAGAACAUUUGCCCCAAAGAUGAUUCUGUGAAAUUCUACAAUCCCAAGAGAGUGCUUCCUGUCUUCAACACCUCGCUGCUCUUUCUGCAGUGUGAGCUCACGUUGUGCACCAAGAAGGAAAAGGACCCCCAGAAGUUACCCAAGUGCGUGCCUCCCGAUGAAGCCUGCACCUCACUGGACGCCUCAAUGAUCUGGGCCAUGAUGCAGAAUAAGAAGACGUUCACCAAGCCUCUCGCUGUGAUCCAUCAGGAAGUGGAAUCUAAAGGAACAAGUCCAAACAUUAAGGAACCGAAUCCAAUUUCUCCACCAAUUUUCCAUGGUCUGGACACCAUAACCGUGAUGGGCAUUGCGUUUGCAGCAUUUGUGAUUGGAGCACUCCUAACGGGGGCCCUGUGGUACAUCUACUCCCACACAGGGGAGACUGCGGGAAGGCAGCAGGUGCCCACCUCCCCGCCGGCCUCGGAGAACAGCAGCGCGGCCCACAGCAUCGGCAGCACGCAGAGCACGCCCUGCUCCAGCAGCAGCACGGCCUAGCCCCGCCGCCCCUGCCACGGGCUCGGCCGGACAGCACGGGUGGCCAAGCUCCAGAAAGGCUUGAUCGUGGUUCCUUUGUAAAGAGAGUGCAUUUCGAUACAAACAUCACCUGUUGUAUUCACCCCCCAACCCAGGGCGACUCUCCAUGUGCCCCGGGACUUCCGUGUGAGAAAGCUGAGGUGGCGGCCUUGCCCACCAGCGCCUCACAGGUUAGGGGGCUAACAAUGUGAAACACAUGCCAGUUUGUAAAAUGCUGCUUUGUCCGGGUAAGAACAUCUAUCAUUUGGACCCUGAGCUCUACCCAGGACUCAAGGAGCUGGUAAAAGGAUGACAGCCAGACAGAACCAGGGAGAUGUGGCCAAAGAUUCCUUUAUAGCUGAACCAAGAUGUAACACAAACGAGAUGCUUCAAGACUUUCUAUUCCUCCACCCGCAGUUCGUGCCUUCUGGGUGCACACUUCUCACCUUGCUGCCAGCCCGGGGAGGCCCUGUCUUGCUUAAUAGACGCUGCCCUCCGGGCCGCAUCCUGACACACAGCAAGGCAACAUUCCUUCCUUGUGCCCUGGGCCCAAACCAACUCUGAGCACCUUCUCAGUUUCCUCCCUCUUCCCGCACCAGCACACCCACUGCAAGCGUCUUAAUGCAGAUUUCCUAUUUCUUUAUAGGCCUAGAGAAAUUGAAAAUGGCCAAAAUCUGGGACUGCAGAUGUGUUCUGCUUUAUGACACCGUGUUCUGAGAAAUUAAUUAUCAAUCAGGGCAAAAUUUAGUUAUAAAAUUAAGGAGGAAUUUGCUUGGUCAUAUUUAUGCCAGUAAAAGCAUAUGUCAUCUGGCACAUUCGUUUUGUAGUUGUGAAGAAGAAAAAAUUCCCCUUUUAAGAAUUCCUAUACCUUUAGAGUUCAAUGUAUUCUUAAAUAUCUUUGGGAGAAUUAGUGUUUCCACUCAACACGUGUCAACCUUUUGAAUAGACCCUUUGGUAAAAACCAGGCUCUUGUAAGAUGCAAAAGCAGGGCAGAGCCUGCUAUGUGAACAGUGUCACCAGUUCUGCCAAGAAAGUGCUGGGAUAGGGGAUGGGCACACUCCUUUGGGUUGCUGUAGUUCUCUUGCCUUAAAUAUAUCCCAAACUCGAAAAGAAUUUAAGAUGGAAUAAUGGAAGAAAAUGGAAUAAUAUCAUGCCACUUUGCAAUUAAAGUAAGCUCAACUGAUACCUCUAUGUUAAAAAAGAAGCCAGAGGAAAAAUUUCCAUGCCAAAUCAUUUACUACUGAGGAUAGUUUCAUUACAAAUAAAUAUUAUUCUUUUUCCAGAUUGCCUCUCCCCUCCCCAAACAACUCAACAUUCUACAAAUAGAACAGGCUAGAUUCUACCCCAAAAUAUUCAUAAGCAAAUCUUAAUGCCCUUAAGUAAGGAAGUUGUGCUUGGUUCUCCGUGAAUGAAACAUUCAGUAGGAAAUGUUGAUGAUACCCAAGACCUAAGGGCAAUGUCUGCAAGGCAAACAAGGUUACUCAAUUCUAGAGUAAUGUUCUGACUUAUUUAAGAGGCAUAGACAUUCAAUCAGGAUAAUUUUAACCAAAAAGGAUGACUUGAAGGCCAAGAUUUCUGGGUUGUCUAUAAUUUUGCAUAUUUCCACAUACAAAUGAAGAUAUGAGAUCAGAUAAUUUUUCCCCUCUAGUUAACAUUUCUUAACAUAAGGGUAUCAGAGUGCAGGACUAGAUUAUGCUACCUGUGUUUGAAAAUAAUGCGCUUUGCCUAACCUUCAGCAGAAUGUAUUGUUUUAGCAUAUUCUAUGUAUAAAAAGGUUUAAAGAUGUCUUCAAAGAAGACUAGAGUCUUUAAGUCACUUAUAGCUAUAUUUUACUACAAAAAAUUGUGUAUAAAGAUAUAUUUAAGUGUUUUAGAUUUUUAAAAAAGUUACUCCAUAUGAAAUGUUUAACUUCAGUUACUGUGAAUUCUUCUGAUCAGUUCUUUGCUUUUUAAAAAAAACCCUUUCCAUUCUGUUAAAAAAGAAAAUUAGUUAUUAAAGAAGUAUUAAAAGAUCCAGUUUUUAGAUGGACCGGGUUAAAACUUUUUGUAAUAUAUUUAAAUGUAUAUUUUUGAGAGAGAUGCUACGUUGCCAAUGAUUUUAUAAGUAAUUUAAAAUUAAUUUACAAAUUUAUAGAUGCAAACCAAAAGAUUUUAAAAGAGAAGAAAAGAGUCAACUUUUGCUUGUUUGGGUCUGAUUGUCAGAAGUAUUAUUCAGAUCAAGAAAUCUGUGUUGAUAAAACUUGAUCCCAUGUUAAUUGGAGAGUGAAUGUCAUUAAGUAGUUCUGAAAUGUCCCUUUACAAAUGAGCAUUUAAAAAAAAUAGUGUUUUCUCCCUAGCCUCUUGUUACAGCAUUUCCAGUUGCUUCAGACUUCACAGUUUUAAUACAAAAUACUAGCUCAACUUUAUAACACAUUUUGCAAGUUUCUAUAAAACUGUUGUUAUAUUCCAGUUAAACUCUCCUAUCUGCUGCCCCUUGUUACUUCUGCAGGCUACACCCUGAGUGCGCAGAAGCCAUUUUGUUUGUUUUGUUUUGUUGGAUGCUCAGGCUGUUGUUAAAAUGCUCUAAACUCCAAGGCAGAUUAUCAUCGUGAAACACCCUAUAGCUUUUCCCCAUGUGGGGUUUACCAGCUGUUGCUCUGUAUUUUAAAAGUCAGAAAUGCCUUCUGCCUAAGCUGUUUCCGUAGCAUUUUCCAAACCACCACAACAGAAAUGUUCUUUUCCUUGUCUGUAAUGAGAUUGUAAACCCGUUCCCUGCGUGUGUUCUGUGGUGGGCAUGAUUGUGGGCCUGUGGGGGGCGCGCACUCGCAUGCCAGUCUUUUUUGUACUGUAACUACCUCAUGGUUUGAGUGAUGGUUGUACUGCUGGUUGUGUUAACAGAGCACAUUUUGUUGGGUGAAUUGUGUGUGUGAUUUUUUUUCUGUUUGUUUUAGCUGGGGAUUGUUCAUGAAACUGACAGACGUUUUUCUGAAAAGGACUAUUAUCAGUUUCCAAGUACAAUGCUUCUCUCUUCUGGUUUUUCCUGAAUGAGCCUGAUUUUGUUGCUGUUUUUCAUCAUCUAUGAGGGUAAAAAGAGUACCCUUCAAAUCCCUGUGGCCAGUUUGAACACCCCUGUUAUAUGUAGUCUUUCCUCUGUUCAAUGUGUCGGCAAUUUUGUGAACAUGCUUAGAUGUAUAGUUUUGAUAACCACCGUUUUAAGUACUUUAUUUGUGCAUAAUAAAAAGAUAUAUAUCAAUUAUUAA